GCCAUGUGAGCCCUCUCUCUUUUCUCUCUCUCUCUCUCAUUAUAAAUUAGCACAUCAAACACAAGCUCUUCACACAGCCACAGCCACAGCCAGAGCUGGUUCUCUCCUCUGUCUGAGUAGACAAGUCAUUUUUUCUUUCUCUGGGGUCCAAAAUCCGAAAUGGGGUUGGGGGUCCAAGCCAUGUUUGGUCUGUUUCUCCAAGCUAUGGUAGUAUUGUUUGUGGAAGAAGCAAAAGCAGGGCAUGUGUUCUUCAACACGAGUAGAUACAGUGGAAAAAAGCAAGUGAGUGGUGGCUGUAAUUUGUUUCAAGGCAAAUGGGUUUUCGACCCUUCUUAUCCUCUCUACGAUUCCUCUUCUUGUCCAUUUAUAGAUCCUGAAUUUGAUUGCCAAAAGUAUGGUAGACCAGAUAAACAGUACCUCAAGUAUGCCUGGAAACCAGACUCUUGUGACUUGCCCAGGUUUGAUGGGGUAGAUUUUCUAAGCAAGUGGAGAGGGAAGAAGAUAAUGUUUGUGGGUGACUCACUGAGUCUGAACAUGUGGGAAUCGUUGGUGUGUAUUAUUCACUCGUCGGUGCCCAAUGUAAAGACAAACUUUGUAAGAAAGACUCCUCUAUCGUAUGUGACCUUCCAGGACUAUGGAGUAACUUUGUACCUAUACCGCACACCGUACCUCGUGGAUCUUGUAAAAGAAUCGGUGGGAGUAGUACUAAGGCUGGAUUCCAUUGAGGAUGGAAAUAAUUGGAAAGGAAUGGACGUUCUCAUCUUCAACUCCUGGCAUUGGUGGCUCCACAAAGGAAAAUCUCAGCCAUGGGACUAUUUGAGAGAGGGGACCAAAUUGUAUAAAGAUAUGGACAGGCUUACAGCAUUUUACAAAGGAAUGAGUACAUGGGGCAGAUGGGUUGACCUCAAUGUGGAUCCUUCAACAACUAAAGUAUUCUUUCAAGGAAUAUCUCCCACUCAUUAUCAGGGAAGGGAAUGGAACCAGCCAAAGAAGAGCUGCAAUGGAGAACUUGCACCCUUGUCCGGGUCAACAUACCCGGCCGGAGCACCGCCGGAAGCUUCCGUAGUUAGCAAAGUGCUGAGUAGUAUCAAGAAACCAGUGUAUCUGCUUGAUAUCACCACACUGUCACAGUUGAGGAAAGAUGCUCAUCCUUCAUCUUACAAUGGUGACCAUUCAAGCAAUGACUGCAGCCAUUGGUGUCUUCCUGGUUUGCCUGACACUUGGAACCAGCUCUUAUAUGCAGCACUUCUUUGAAGUUCAACCAACCACAUAGCCACAACAACAAUAUCUUAUGUCAUUUAUGUACAAUAAUUGUCUGUAUACUAGUUCAAAAAUAUCUCAUUCACUUCCAUUGGUAGGUUGUAUAAUAAUAAACAGUGGAAAAGAAGAAGAAGAAGGAAAAAACCAACUGUAAAGUGAUUGAUUAUAUUUAACCAAAAUGAUGUACACAUUUAUCUACAAUGCAAAGGCAUUGUAAUUGUGAUUUCAGUAGCCACUAGGGGUAAGGAUUUGGUUGAAAAUAAACUUGGCUCAUCUGAUCCUAGUUGAAACUAUUGUGAUUUUUCUAGCAUUGGUGUUAAUAAACAUUGUUUGUACUCUUCAAUGUUCA